AUGUCAGCACAAGUGUUAAUUGGUAGUGCGUUGGCUGCAACCGCAGCUACGUUAGUGUUCCGUCAAAAGGACGGCCAUACAGUUGGUCACCCAACCAAUACUGGAAGCCAUUUGAGAUGGAACCUUGGCAAUAUCAGAGAUGGUGUUUACGACGACCUCGUUAGUUUUAAACAUGCGUUGAUCCACACUAUUACAUUCAGCAAGGGUAAUAGCAGGGACAGAUACGGUUACGGAUAUGGUGACCGCUACUCUUCUCUAUCUAGAGAUGUGGGCCGCGGAAGAGGAGGAUAUUCUGCAUUUGGAGAGGAUCAAUAUGCUUCUUUGGAUAGGGGUAGGACUGGCGGCUCUGGCGGCGUCGGCGGCAUUGGCGGUUUGAGCGGCGAUAGAGGUUACUCCGGCAGAAGUUACGGAAAUGAAGCUCGUUCUGCUAUAGCCUCUUCUUCUGCUUAUGCUCGUGACCAAGUGCAGGAUAUGACUCAGGGUGUCCAGAACAAGGUUGACGAUGUCAAGCAAGCCGCUCCAAAGCUGGUGCAUAACGCACAAGAGAAAAUUAAGCAAUCCUUCAGCGAUGUCAAGCAAACAGUUUCCGAUGUUGGGAAGGACGCUUCCGAGAAGACCCACUCUCUUUUUAACUGGGGGUCAGGUAACGCGGAAAAAGGUAAAGCUACCGCUAUUGGUGACUACGAUGUGGCAAACAAGGCCUACGAGCAUGCUGUAAACAUGUUUAACGACUCCAAGAAAGGAAUUUUCUCGAAAGGUGAUGAGCAGCUCAGGAGAAAUGUUGAGGCGGCCAAGGAUCACCUAGAACACGCGCGCAAGAACCUGGAAGCGGCCUCCGCUGAUUUUGAGAACUACGCCAAACAGAGCAUCAGUGACCUUUCCAACAGGCUCGAUGAGCAGGAUCGUGAAUUGAGAAACAGGGGGUUUCUAAGCUGGUUUAAGUCUACUCCUUCCUCCUCUAGCGGUUCAAAAAACACCAACAGCUGGACUGAAUGUGCUGAGCAGGCCGUUAAAGAUACUAAGAAUGGUAUUUCUGACACUCUUUCUUCCAACAAACUGGGUCCUCGUGAUUCCCAAAAGCGCCUUGAUUCUCUAGGGACCUCAGAUUCGGGUUCAUGGGGGUUUGGCAAAUCCGACAUGUCUGCCAGGGAAAGAGCUGAAAAACUUGCCGCUGACUCCGCUAGGUCCCUAAAAGGCUGGGGAGAAAACGCAUCGCAGUUUGCUGAAGAGGAACUAGAGGAAGAAAGGAAACGCGCAAACAAGUUGUGGAAGAACUAA